AUGAAGUUGCCACUUCUAAGAAAAAAAACAUCACGUGGUGCCGGCUUCAGUCCUGAGGAAGACAAGCUGCUUGUAGCAACAUGGCUCAAUACCAGUGUCGAUCCUGUGCAUGGUAAUGAGCAACAUAAAACAAUGUUUUAUGGCAAAGUUGCAAAAUACUUCAAGGACCAUAGGACUGACUCUACGUGUAGUAUUUCAUCCCUAACAAGCCGAUGGGGAGUGAUUAAUAGGGAAACAGUUAGAUUUUGUGGCUCCUUAGCUAAGAUUGAAGCAAAGAAUGAAAGUGGAACCACUGCUGAAAUGAAAAUUGAGAUAGCAAGGGAAUUGUUUAAAGAAUUAUACAGUUACUUUUUCCUAUAUGAACAUUGUUGGCAAAUGUUGAAGGAUUUUCCCAAGUGGGCAUCUACUAUGCCUAGGGAAGAUUCAAGGAAAGAAAUGCCUCAAACUCCAGAUUCAAUAGAUCAAGGAAGGGGGGUUGGUGACACUACGAAUUUCGAGAGGCCAAUAGGUAGAAAAGCUGAAAAGGCUAAUCGAAAGAGAAAAGAUGAUGGGAAAGAUGUUGCAACGCAAUAUUUGAAAAAGAAAAUGAAAAUGCUUGACGAAUCUUAUGCACAAGAAAAAGAGAGAGUUCGUCUCAAAGCGGAAAAUGUUCGCUUGAAAGAGUUGAAAGAGAAUGAAAGAAUUAUGAUGCUAGACACAAGUGGCAUGAAUGAAGACCAAAGAACUUUUUAUGAUGGACUCAAAAAGGAAAUCCUUGCAAAACAAAGAUCAAGUAGUUCGUUGGGUUGA